AGUCAUGUGUGAGCGAGUGGCGCUCGGUUGAUUCAAUCAUAGCUUAAGCAUAUCGGUAUAAGCCAUAGUUGCUCGAUUAACCUAAACAUAUCAUUGUGUGCUUGGUUUCAUUUGUUUUUCAAAAUAAGAAUCGGAGUCAUUGAAAUAGUCGGUUUCAUAUCAACCGUAUCACGUCCAUCACAUUUAUGACACAUUUGGUGGCGACGAAUUUCGUGGAAAAUAUUACAUUUUUCUUUCAUAAAACAAAAGUUCUAAAAGAAAAGCGGCCGAAGUAUGAAAAUAGUGAAAUGAAUUAUGUUGUCUUUGUUUUGUAUCGUCAUUGAAUUAUCAUUUUAUAAAUAAAUUUGCAUUAUGUAAGAAUGUCGAAGGGAUUUGUAUCAAAAUUCAUUUUCUGAAAUAAGAAACAAAGAGUGAUGCAAAACGACAGAAUAUAUAUCUUUCGAAUCAGAUGUUACCAUUGAAGUGAUCCAUUGAAGAGAUGUCAUUAGACGCAUCCAUUUGCGAGACACGAAUCACGCCACCAUGCAUUCGUGCGAUACAUUGAAAGCGCCUAAUAAACAUAACAAAGGCAAAACAGCAUUGGUGUUCUGUCAAUGUGUUUUUUCGUACUGUACACACACAUUGUGCCCGCAUAUGUAUUCAUAGCAACGUUGUGAGUGUUUUCUUCAAUAACAACGCAUUUAAUCGCGGCCAUUUGAGUUUAAAGCAAUACAAGCACAGACAACGAUGCAUCAUAGUGUUUGAAGUGAAUGUAUGCGAGAGCUCAAUAUUCAUUGUGUGAUUGGAAUUUCUAGAAUACGACACAUGAAACACGUCUACCAUAAGUUAAAGUCACAGAGUGCGAAGAGCAAAGUGAAGAGAAAAAAAAACAGAAAAGUGAAAAAAGCGUAGAAGUUGAAAAACAAAACAAAAAUAUGAAUUUGUUACUUUUUUUUGGCGACUUUUAACCAGGGCCAAGUUAAUGUGAAUAGUAUUUUGUGAAAAAUUUAAACGCAUCAAAAAAGAAAAAAAAAGUUCGAUCAAAUGUUAGGUGUGGACUAGAUAAAUAGACUUUUGUGCUAUGACAAAAGCCAAGAAAAGGGAAAAACCAGAUCAGAAACACUGUGUAGUAGCAGCAACAAUAGCAACAACGACCACGCAAUUCAAUUAAUUGAAAUAAUAAAGAAUUAAUUAUGAAUACAGCAAAAACAAUGGUGAAUGUUAGUCCAAAAAUGUCAAAUCGCGAUGCGAAUGAACGUGAACUGGAAAAAUAUGUGAAAAUAUUCAGUACAAAAGCCGUUCAGGCAAUAGUUCAGUCACGCCUUGGUGAUAAAAUGCAAACAUUCAGCAAUCCACGAUCGCUAUCAAACGAUUGGUUCAACAUUACGAUUGAUGAUGAGCCAGAGAGUUUAGCGCAAACCAAGCAAGUGAUUGAAACCAAAUCCGGAGAAUCCAUAUUGACUCGAUUGCCGUUGUGUGUGGAAAUCUCAUUGAAAACUGCCGACAAUGAUACUAUGAUAUUGGAAGUGUGGUCGCUAUCAUGCAAUAGACAAUUAUUGGACAAAACAUCAAGGGUUUCGUAUUCCAUUUAUAAUCGUAUGGGCACACUGCUCAAGUCGUUGGUGCAAGUAACACGCUCAACGCCUGCAUACAAAUUGUCGCGCAAGAAGAGUAUGGGAUGUUUUGACAUCUUUUAUCGCAUCUAUUCAGGAAAUCCACAAGUUGAUAAUUUAGGUGAAGGAUUCAAAGAGCAUAUUAUUGGUGACUUAAGUACUAGUGUCGGACAGUUCAAAAUGGCCGUGGCAUAUAGAACCAAAAUGACCAUUUCACCAACACAAACCGGUCGAGACACCACAUUAAUGCUGAAAAGUGAUCAUUUUAACGAUAUCAGCCCCAAGACACAAAUUCGAUAUCAUAUUAAGAAAACGGAAAAGAAAGUGAUCGAUCUCGAAAAACCGCUAAUAACUGGUGCUUUUGUCGAUCCAUCAAAACUUACACAGUACACAGAAAAAGAUUAUAUUCUGCCAGAAAUUCCACCGUUCAGCUGGUUGAUCAAAAAUCCAAAGAAGGAAACCAAAAACGAUGAAGUCAAUGAAAAUGAUAAGAGCAAAGCGAACAACGGCAACAUUGACUGUCCUGGCUCACCCGAUUCAAGAAAAAUGCUAAUUAAUAACAAUAACAACAACAUAAACAAUAACAAAAAUCUCAAUAACAACAACAACAACAACAAUAACGUCAAUGCGAAUGGUGAUGACGAACCGAAGAAUGGAUUGGACUCGAAGAAUGACAGUUUGACGAAAAACGAUCGAUUCCGAUUUGGCUCAUCGAAAACACUGUCACGCGAAGAGGAUCGAAUUCUCAAAGAAAUGAGUUUUCCAUUCGCAACCGCGACGCCAAUGAAGGAUUUAGCCAAAUUUUAUCGCGAUUGCUUCAAUGCACCACCAUUGCAUGCGUUUAGCGAACCAUUGCCACCGCUUGUGCUGAACGGCGACGCCGUAAAUAUGGCAGCCGCUGAGGAAAUUAUUGAGACUGAAGCAAAUGAUCAAGCCGCUGAUGCUGUAACCAAAUUGCUAGAACAAUUUGAAACGUCAUUGCCCGACUACGAAACGCUAGUUACAUCACUGUGUAGUCACUCAAUCGAUAAGAAUUCCAACAGUUGAAAGCAUUCAAAUGAUGUACAUAGAAAUACGAAUAAUUUCCCUUCGAACAUUUAUUUAACCACACACAAAUUAAAUCCAAUAUUGAAUGCAUACGAAAAUGUGAAUUGGCGCUAAAACAAAAAAAAAUAACACCCGUUGAAAUGAAAACGAUAAUCAACCAUUACGGCGUACCAAAUGACAGAAAUCAAUCCAUACACUCGUUUUUAACACACGAAAUUCGAACAAAUCGUAUUGCAAAAUUCAAUAAAAUGAAAUCUACAUUUUCAUUCAUUUAUUUAUUGACGUCAUUAGGGCCUAGGUCUUUGUUCAAAUUACUGAUGCGACCAAGUUUUUAUUGAAUUUAAGAACACCCACACUUAAAUGACCGAAUGUAGAGAUUAGAAAAAAUCAAUUUUCAAUAGAAAUAAUCCAAUUUCUUAUGAGAAACAAGUAAACAACAUCAUAUUGAAAUGGAAAAUGUAACCAAAAUAAUAGGCAGUGCCGGAAUAUUCAAGACUUGAUAAGUAGAAAACUCGUCUGCCAAAGAAUUGAGCUGUGCAUCAAGUUUUUUACAACGUUUUGCAUGACUUGAACCUCCCCUAGACAUCUGUGAGCGAUGCGGUGGUGGGGCGCCAAAUGAUGCAAACUCUGUUAUGAAAGAUGACCAUAGACUGUUAUUCGCAAGUUGCAUCACAUGCGCUCUCGUGUGUGUGUGUGUACUCGAACUUGUGAUGGCAGGGAAAAUGACGCACAAUUAAAGUGGCCAAUACAAGUUAACGAUUAGAUUUUUAACAUUCGGACACUGUUAUUUUGUUCAUUGCGAAAGGAAAUUUAUUCCGUUUUUUCUUUGAAGAGAUUUACGAAAUUUAAUGCUCAGAAAAAGAUUGUUUUUCUUUCUCCUGUCUAACAACAUCCCAAGAAACAAUGAUAUCUUAUGAUUGAUAUUACCGUUUUGUGAACAGCAAUUAAAAUGAAUGAAAGUCAACAAAAUCUUUUAUGUAAACUCUUUGAAUAACGUGCUAAAAUGUGCAUCCAAUAUUUUGAAAUGUUUUGUUUUUUCUUAUUGUCUGAAUUUAUCUAUUUUGCUAAAUGCUAUGUAAAAGGUUAAUGUUGUGUUUUUGGAUGCCAUUGCAUAUAAUUUUGUUGAAUAAAAAAAAAACCAUUUGGAUCAAUUAAGAAAAGCUAAAAAAGAGUUUGAAAGAAAAAUAAAAUGAAAACGAAAAAAAUUCAGCAUUACAAUUUGCAUGUGCUCGGCUGAACAGCCGAUUUAUUUAUUAAAUGCGAUCAAUGACAUGUUUUACAGUGGUAAUGUUACAAAAAAAAACGAUUUGAUUUAUUGAAGAGAAAUUGAAUAUUUAUUUUUGCAUAAAUUCAUAUUAAAAGAAAAGUUGAACUCACA